AUGUCCGAAUCAGACACUAUCGCCCUCUUCGCUGAGGGGACUUUCGAGGAGCAGGUCCAAGAUCUUGUCAACUAUAUUGUCCGAGGGCUUUCCGAUGAAAGCAGAACAACCGCUAUAAAACCUUUCCAAGAGUUGUUCAUUACCCGCAGCGGUCGGACGCCACUAAAUAAGGACGCGGAACGAAAAAAAAAAGUUAUAUCCAUGGUCAUCGCCGAAACCAAAACUCUUGGGCAAGGAUCGGAACGAGAGAUUGAAGGAUUUUUCAACCUUUUAAUAUCGCACGUACUGACCCUCUUCACGGAUACAUCGAGUGCAAAAGGCCAAAUUGAACCGUUAAUUGCAGUCAUCACAUCGUCCGCGUCUGAAAGCUCUGUUAUCAAGUAUAGAAUUCUCUCUAAUAUUUUCAAUGCUCUUCCACGACAAUCUCCAAUCCGAUUGCAGGUGUACAAUGCCUUGUUUUCUUUGGCGACGUCGAACAAAGAGUUAGACACAAUACAAGUCAAUAAAUCUACGGUUGACCGCUGGCUUUCAGAGUGGGAUGUUUCUCCUGAUGAGAAAGGCACAUUCCUGAAGUCGUUAGCGAUCGCUUUUGAACAAGCGGGCGAUGCUACCACCUCGUACUCCUAUCUGUUUUCUCGACUGGAAGUGCUUCCAGAUGGAUCCUCGGAGGCAGAGCAAGCAGCUAUUGAUGUGAUAAUCGCAGCUCUUCGGUUACCGACUGUAUUCGAUCUAAACAAGCUGCUAAAAACGAGCCGGCUCGAAAUAGUGAAGGAUCGCCCACUGUUCGCUUUACUUCGGAUUAUCGCGCAAGGUGAUCUGAAGGACUACAAACAAUGGGAGAGUGGCAAUCAACAGGUUCUGAGUAAAUCAGGGCUGGAUGCGGCCGCCGUGGAAAAAAAAAUCCGCUUCUUGACAUUGGCUACACUGGCUUCGGAUUAUGUCGGGAAGGAAAUUAGUUAUUCGAAGAUUGCGUCCACAAUACAAGUACCUGAAUCUGAUGUUGAGCUCUGGGUUAUCAAUGCGGUCAGAUCAAACCUCUUAGCAGGAAAGCUCUCCCAGUUGACCCAAACUUUCUGUGUUACACGGUCCAUAACACGCGCGUUCCAAAAGCCUGAUUGGAAAUUAUUGGAAGAGAAAUUGAGCUCCUGGAGGACGAAUCUUAUUGGCGUGUUGGAGGUGGUGGAAAGUGCACGGAAGUCGGCACAACCUGCUCCCACUGGACCUCCAGUUCAUGGCGACCUUGCUAAGGAGGCUCCUGCAUCUACCUAG